UUUCUAGGAUUGUGCGAAACAUGGACCCACCAGCACGGCCGUCACUGGGACUUUAUGACUAUGACUAUGAUUUUUUGGUUAUCGGAGGGGGCUCAGGAGGUCUGGCAGCUGCAAUGGAAGCUGCAGCGUUGAGCAAAAAAGUGCUUGUUCUUGACUUCAUGGCCCCUUCUCCAAGAGGGACAAAGAAGGAACUUGGAGGUUCAAGUUUCAGUUUGGACAGAGUCAGGAAAUUUCUGCAGCAGACAUCACUGCUGGGUAAAGCUAUCGAAGACUCUCAAAAGUUUGGCUGGAAGUUUAAAGAAGAGGUGUUACAUGGCUGGAGUGAAUUGGUCCAGGCUAUUCAGGAUCAGGUCAAAUCUGGAAUUUCAGAGUUAAAAAGGGAGCUGAAGAGCUGUGGAGUCCAUUACCUCCAAGCCCGUGGUGAGAUCGUGGCGCCUCACACAGUAGAGGUUACAGAUAUGAAUGGGAGAAAGAGGAAUUUCAAAGCAGAGACCUUGGUCAUUGCUACAGGAGAUAAACCUCAUUAUUUGGAUAUACCUGGGGUCAUCGAGUACUGCAUAACCAGUGAGGAUCUUCUCUCCCAGCGUCACCCCCCAGGUCGAACCCUAGUGGUAGGCGGGUCUGCUGAAGGGUUGGAAUGUGCUGGCUUUCUCUUUGGACUUGGAAUGAUGGUCACUGUCAUGUUGCAACCUGGCCUUCUCCCAGGGUGUGAUAGGAAAAUGGCAGCAAAGAUAGAGAACCACAUGAUUGUUAGUGGAGUGAAUAUCCUUCAUCAGUGUUCGCUCAGUAAGGUGGAGCAGAUUGAGGAUGUCCUGUCAGAUAGCUUCAAAUCUGAGUAUAAAAUACUCUUUACGAUUUGGAUGGGUAUAGCAACAAGAGCCUUACACUUACAGUAUUGUGGUCAUUGUGUUCAGGUUCUGCUUGCUGUUGCAAGGAAACCAUGUACAUUUGACAUCGGCCUGGAGUGUGUCGGGGUGCAGUGGGACCAAAAAACUGGUCAAAUCCCGGUGAAUGAAAGGGAUCAGACCAGUGUAGAUUACAUUUAUGCCAUUGGAUCAGUACAGCAAGGACGCCUUUCCACCCCAGGUCUGUCACGUCAAACUGGAAAAUUGCUGGCUCAAAGACUCUACGGAGGAGUGAACAUAUUGUGUGAUUACAUAAAUGUACCGACUGUUGUGCUCACCCCACUGGAAUAUGCUGCAUGUGGUCUGUCUGAGGAGAAAGCUAAUCUACAUUUUGGGGAGAAAAGUGUUGAGGUAUAUCACAGUUACUACUGGCCCAUGGAGUGGACUCUUCCUUGCAGGAACAAAAAUUCUUGCUAUGUCAAAGUCAUCUGUCAUAUUCCUGAUCAUGAGCGGGUGGUUGGUCUCCAUAUCAUGGGACCUAAUGCUGGAGAUGUCCUCCAAGGUUUUGUUACAGCAAUGAAAUGUGGCCUCACAAAGCAACAGCUAGAUUCCACUGUGGGAAUAUACCCCGGAUUUGCC